AUUCUUGCCAUUCUUCUUGCUUACAUUUUGAAACGAACUCAUGCACCAAUUGAGCAAGCGAGUCCUCCCGAACUUCAAUCUCAAACUCCUAAACCGCGCCCAAAGGGAGUCCAUUCCAUGGAAGUGAUUUCGGGAAGUCUACGAUCCCUCCAAUCUGGUCACGAUCUAUCCAUCUCUGGUCAGUCCACACCCUUCAAACGCAGUUCCUUGAAUAAGCUACAAGAACUUAUUGAAAUUCGUCGGGCUGUUGUGGCUGGAUCGAGGUCAGAAUUGGAGCAAUUGGGUUUUGGAUCAUCGUCAAUGCAAAGUGGUACGUUGGCAGAAAGAACUCGCCUUCCUGAUAAGUUGGACUUGAGUAUGCUGCGUAGACGUUGCAAAGAGCACACAAAACACCUCAUUCAACGCGCCACUUAUGAACAAAAACAAGCGGAGUUGUAUUGCAAGUUGAUGGGUCAAAAUCUCCGACUGACUUCGCAGGAAACGUAG